UAGAAGACGGAUGAGUUACUGGGCGGUGGGUUCUGCGGUUCUUCCCUCCGUUCCCCGUCUUCUUUCACCAAGCAUCCCAUCUCGAAAUGGCGAUUCAUCUCCCACCGGUCGUGGAUUUCCGGUAACGAUUUCGGAGGAUUCUUCUUGUGUUACAGAGCCCGAUUUCCCCAGCUUCAAAUGGCGGUUGGUCAUUGCUUAUGACGGCACUCGAUAUGCAGGUUGGCAAUAUCAGCGGUCACCACCUACUAUUCAGUGCCUUGUUGAAGAAGCCUUGACCGGAGCAACAAGGCUUGAGAGGAAGGAUCUCCAUUUAGUUGGUGCAAGCAGAACAGAUACGGGAGUUCAUGCCUGGGGUCAGGUGGCUCACUUUAUUACACCAUUUAACUACGACAGCUUGGACAGAAUUCAUGCUGCUCUGAAUGGUCUUCUUCCUGCGGAUAUAAGAGUUCGAGAGAUGAGUCCUGCUGUGCCUGACUUUCAUGCUCGGUUUUCUACAUUAAGCAAGGUUUAUCACUACAAGAUAUAUAAUGACGCCAUCUUGGAUCCAUUUCAGCGUUGCUACACUUACCACUGUGUUUAUAAACUCAAUUAUGCAGCCAUGAAAGAGGCUGCAAAUUAUUUCGUUGGAAAGCAUGAUUUUUCUGCCUUUGCUAAUACAGCGCAUAACGAUCGAGUGGUAAAUCCAGUGAAGGUCAUUUUUCGUUUUGACGUCAUAGAAAUGGGAGCUCUUAUUCAGCUAGAAGUUGAGGGUUCUGGGUUCCUGUAUAGACAAGUUCGGAAUAUGGUUGCCUUGUUGCUUCAAAUUGGAAAAGAAGCAAUUCCUCCUGACAUUGUUCCUAAGAUUUUGGCUACUCGAGAUCGCAAGGAGCUUGCCAAGUAUACGACGUGCAUUCCUCCUCAGGGUCUCUGUCUUGUGAGAAUUAAUUAUAAAGAGGACCAUUUAAAGCUUCCAUCUGAUUGCCCUGGGACUAGUUUUGGCAGGAGUCAUAGUGUGAGUAAAUGUAAGCUCCCUUUUUAUUGAACUAAUGACGGCUCUGUUCUUGCACUUCUGCCAUGAGAAUAAUCUGGGUUGCAGGGUGUCCAACAGCUUAGGAGGCUGAGAUAUUAGAUAAGCAGUGUAGUUUAAGUAAACAAAAUUUUGGAUUAGUUGGUCUUUAUUAAUUUAUGAAUUAGAAUUCUAGAGUGUGUUAGUUUGUUAUUUGUCCAUUUUUUCUUAGGCUAGAAGUGGGCUUUUUUAGUGUUGUAUUGGGACUUUUGGAGCUUUGCACAUUAUUAUUGCAAAACGUGGUAUUUUAGAGGGUUUCUCUCAA